CAUCGAACGCUGGUUGCAUGCGUUCACCCGAGUGUUCAUUUCGACCGCUCACCUCGCCUUGAAGGCUUCGAGCGAAGACAUCGGACGGCUUAUGCGCGUUCGUCGCCCUCUUAUUUUCGCGCCACUUCUGCCACUCAGCCUCGCGGUCACGCACCGUCUCCGCUCGAAGUGUUGCCACGGUUGCGGGGAUCAACACGGUCGGAUCCGCCGCUCGGAUCCGACGUCGCUAUUGUCCACAACAAUGUGAAAGAUUCGCAUUGUUCCAUGGCAGCCAAGAUGAAUAUAUACGCUCUGCUGUGCUGAACACGUACGCCUCGUCCCAAUACCCUCUGCUCCGUCCGCUGAUCAUGCCCUCGAGCAAGGAGCCGGGUGCCAGCCGACCCUCUGAGGAGGACGUCAUCGACAUCUCCUCGGACGACGGCGAAGCGCUCCAUAAUGCCAGGCGCGAGCCUUUACAACGGGACGCGCGCGAGGCUUCUGAACGCUCUGCAACACGUCCCAAAAAGCGUCCGAGAGGCAACGCAGCGCAAGCGGAAGUCCGGCGGAACACAUCGACAACCAAGGACAACGUCAAGCGCGCACAAGGGCGGGGUACGCCAUCCGAUAGGAACGAGGCUCUACAAGAAGCCCUCGUUGCGGUAUCAGCUGCCAGGGCCAAGUUACAGCGCGAGCUUGAGGCAGCUCACCAGGCAUCGGACGAGCUAUUACAGCAGUUAGCUGCCACAACUCAGGAACGGGACAGCCUGCAGCUCAUCGUUCAGGAAGGGCACAAGCAUAGAGUGGAAAAACAGGAAGAAACCAAGCGGUUGCAGGAGGAAGCCCAGCGAUUACAAGAGGAAGCCCAGCGAUCACAAGAGGAAGUCCGACGAUUACAGGGGGAAGCACGACGGCGCGAGGGCACUGUGGCGGCGACCUCAAGGGGGUUGAUCGAUGCUCUGCAAAGCGAUUCGACCUGUACGAUUUGCACUUGCCGACUGUGGUUGCCCUACGCCUUGCCUUGCGGCCACACAGCAUGCCAGGCGUGCCUCAAAGAGUGGUUCAGUGAGGCACUGAUGCAACAUCUGCAUAAUAACCCGGAAUUGGAAUGGCCGAACCUACAGCCUUACCGCGACGCCAUUCGCAACCCCGAGCUACCAAGGGCGGAUCGUGAGCGUGCCAAAGCAGAGCUCACUGACGCUCUGGCGGCCUACCCCCGUCCGCGCUAUACAUGUCCAACCUGUCGACAGCCGGCCAAGACGAGACCAACAGAAGAAGUGUCUCUCAGGAGCAUCGUAUGGGCCGUUGCUGAGGCACUCGGAGAAGAAAAUCCAACGAAGUCCGACCGUGAGGCGGGGGGUAAUCAUAAUAUUUGGGACGGGUUUUUCUUACCUACAGCGGACGAUCUCAGGCUGGAGUAGUGCGGGCAGCGUGGGUCUUAAUAUGCCGUUUAUGCUCAUUAUGUAUGUGUUUGUAUGCAUGUUUAUCGUACCAUGACCCCGUGCGUCGUUCGAACGAUUGCUUGCCUGCGCCCUUCUGCUCAACACGCCUGGUCGGGAUUCGGGAGUGACGGACCGUGCCGUCUUCUUACACAGCUCACGAAGGAGAUUCGCUCUCUGGACGCCAAGCAUGGGCGUCCUAUGUAGGCAGCGCGCCGCUCGAU